UGGGAGGAAAGUCGUUAGCUCCUUUUAAAAGAGCUUAGAGCUCGAUUCGCGAAAAAGUUUACGCGCUUUUGUCUACGUAGGUGACAUUCAAAGCCUCGAUCACUACUCCACAAAUCACACUCGGGGCCUGAUGGAGUCGCUGCAAUCAGCUGUGCAUCAUAUCUUGUUAUGAUAAACAAGUAAUGAACGGCUAAACAUACAAUUAAACAUGGAAGGAAUGCUGCAUAAAUGGACCAAUUACAUAAGUGGCUGGCAACCUCGUUGGUUUGUGCUCGAUGGAGGAACCUUGUCUUACUAUGACUCCCAAGAAGAUGCAUGGAAAGGUUGCAAGGGCAGCAUUAAAAUUUCAGUUUGUGAAAUCCAAGUGAAUCCCUCUGACUCUACACGAGUGGACCUGACUAUACCAGGAGAGCAGUACUUUUACCUCAGAGCCAUCAAUGCAGCAGAGAGGCAGAAAUGGCUGGUGGCACUGGGAACAGCCAAAGCUUGCCUUACAGAUAACAGAACAAAGAGAGAAAAAGAGCUCCAGGAGAACACAGAUGCACUGAAAACGAAGAUGUCCGAACUCAGAUUAUACUGUGACCUUCUUCUACAACAAGUAAACAAGAUCAAGGAGAAUGAUGAGCUACGAGACACAGCGGAGACAGGCAUAGACACUGGGAACAUGGUGAAAUCUACAUGCACAACUUUCCUUAAGACUCUGGAGGAAUGUAUGCAUAUAGCAAACCGUACUUUCAGUGCAGAUAUGCCAACACACAGUCCACCAGGAUCUCCUCCAGUAGCAGCCAUCAAACCCCAGAAGAUCAAACCUGUCAAUCAUUUAAAUCAGAACCAUGGAGAAAAAUGGAGGGAUUUGGCUGAAAACUCAGGAGAAGCAAUAACACAUGACAACCAGAGCCUUGACUCUGGAGCAGAAGGACCAGCAGAGCCAGAGGGACCAGAACAGCAUUCUUCCCCAUCAGACAUUGAUGCCGCCAACGGCAAAAGCUCAGUCCAAGAGGAGGACGUUGAUCCUACUCCACACACUAUCCAGAAUGCCCCUGAGAUUGAACACUACGACCAACCAGCAGAAGAAAAUGAAUCCGAUAAUCAAGAGGAGACGAAACAAGAGCAGAAGCACAAAGUGGACCAAAGUCUAGAAGAGCAGGAGAACAACAAUCAGGAAGUGCAUGCCGUCCAGGCUCAGCACCAACAGGAAGCUGUUCCAGACCAAGAAGAGGCACACAGAGAUUUAACAGAGCCCGAAGACACAGAGCAGGUGGAAACGUUCUUCAGCACAAUGAGUCACAGAUUUAGUGAUAUAAGACUGGACGACGACAAUGGUAUCCCUACACAAGAGUUUUUGGACUCAUGCUAUGCAAUAGUACCUGUAUUAGACAAGCUGGGAUCCACUGUGUUUGCUCCAGUUAAAAUGGAUUUUGUUGGCAACAUCAAGAAAAUUAACCAGAAGCUGAUGUCCGACCCAGGCAGCUUCCCCACUCUCCAGUCCAUCGUGGUGCAUGAAGUGCAGACAGACAACGCCCGGGUCCGCAACUCGGCCACGGAGGCUCUGCUGUGGCUCAGACGAGGCUUGAAGUUCCUCAAAGAGUUCCUGUCGGAGGUCAACGCAGGGACAAAAGACAUCCAGGGAGCACUAAACAAUGCCUAUGGAAAGACUCUCCGGCAGUACCACGGAUGGGUUGUGCGAGGCGUUUUUGCUUUGGCGCUGAGAGCUGCACCUUCUUAUCAAAGUUUCGCCGCAGCCUUGGUGUCAAAUGAGGGCGAUGAGCUGAAAAGCAGCUUCAGCAGCGGCGUUUACAGAGAUCUGGGAGUGUACCUGCCGGCCAUGGAGAAUCAUCUGGCCAUCCUCGAUGCCCUGUAUGAAGAAUACAACCUGGAGUCUGAUGAAGUGGUGUGACACUUGAAGAGAGGAUCAGAGGUCGGGGAUGGACUGACCGCAGGGGCAGAAUGUUGGCUGUUGUUGAAGGAAGGUGCCAGAUGAUGUGCAUUUUGUGUACAACGUAGUGUGAGCAUGUCCCGUGUCAGUGUGAGGUGUUUUCAGUGGUUGUUAAACUUUACAACAGUAGAGGGUCUUAAAGAAUGAAUUAAUGUCUGUAUUUGGUGACACACGUUAACCUUAAGACAUUAUGGUUUGUCAAAAUGUAGUUUCUGGGUCUUGUUUCAAAGACCAUGAACAGAGUAGGGGUUUACACCCUAUUAUGCAGAAUCCAAGCAUAAUAACUCAUGGUGACAUUUGUUUCUGGUGCACAUUUUGUAGCAGUAUUGUGGCUUUUUAUGUACAGGUACAUAACCACAAGGUAUUUUGCUCUAAUAACUUUUCUGUCUUUCCAAUUUGCAUUAUGUAAAGACAUUUUAGAUGAAUCCAAUCCUUUUCCCUCUGAUUUGUGAAAAGGGGUGAUAUUUGCAACUAACAGAGAGCAGUAUUAGUCAAAAACAACGUGAGAUUGUCCCAAUAUAUGCCUCUGAGUGUGUGAUGGAAUCAUGCGCUAACUUUUACUAAUUAUGGUAAAACAAAAUAGUUACGGCACCGACUAUUGGGGUUUAGAAAUGAUGAUAUUGAUUUAACUUUCCCUUCAUUAUUUUAAUAUAAAUCCUACAGUUUGACAAUGUAUCAUUUUUAUUUUAUAUUGCUAACAUUUUAAGAGACUUUCCGUGGGACCAAAAGGAGCCGUCAUGUGAAUGGCUGUAGCCUCUGCUGCCUAUAUUAUCACAAUAACUAAAUAAUGGUGUAUCUGUUCAAGUACUGACAACUGCUGAAUACUUUUGUGGACAUCCUCGGCACAAACGUAUGCAUAGGAUGCGUUUUUCACAAUGUCUAUUUAUUACGUCUUAAGUUAUGAAGUUCACAUGGGGAUCAUCGCAGCUCGGCUCUUGUGUGAAUGUAAGGGCGUUUGUUUCCAUAGAGCAUGUUUUUUGAUUGCAUGUUUUUAUGUGUUAUGAAUUAUAGGUGCCAAUGGAAACUUAUUAUAGGUGAAGACCAAGUUACUAAAUAAUCCUAAAGGGAUAGAACGUUAUUUACAUUGCUUUUCCUUCAUCUCUGUACUAAUGAGUAGCAACAUUCAGCUAGUCAUCUCAGCCAUGCACUGUCUGCAUAUCCUUGAGUGUUGUUACCAGCCGUACUUAAUAUUUUAUGAUGUCGAUUCAAAAAUGUAAAACUGAAAGGUAGAGUCCCUCCUUCUGGCCAGGUAAAAUCUGUCUGUAUGGCUCUGUGACUUUUUUUACGAAGACAUACCACAUAGUAUUUUUUGACAUUAUUCCUACUGUUAGUUCUGUUUUGUUGGGAAUGGAUGCAGUUAUUAUUUAAAAAGUGAGGCAUUUUCACCAAGUUUACACCCCAUUUGUGAAAUGGGUUGAUUUCCUGUCGCAGAUGAAUUCCAAUGAACAUGAUAUCGUAAUAUUGCAAACAUUUAAUUGGUUUUGUUUUUUACUAUUGUAUAUAAGAUACUAAUUGAUUUUUGCAUAAUAAAUAAUGAGGUUGUUUUAA